CUAGUCAAAGCCGGGUGCUCUGUGGUAUCUACUACCUAGGACCUAGAUAUUAAAAAAGUAAAAAGCUAUUUAUUAAUUAAGAAAAUCUACGAUCAAAAUAUUUUGGCGACUCAUUGGAUAUGGCGGUAUGCGUAGCUGUAAUAGGGAAAGAUAAUUCACCACUUUAUAUUGGAGGAAUUGGCAAUGAUUGUAGUACAGACAAUGAGCUAUCUAGGCAAUGGCUGGUGCACACUGCCCUUGAUGCUUUAGAAGAGAGACUGGCAACUAGUAGCAGUAUUAAUGCAAAUUCCGGGAAUAGCACUGCACACACAGAUCUGAGAGACCUGUACCUGGGACUGCUUUACUCUACUGACACUCAUAAAAUCUAUGGGUAUGUAACUAAUACGCGAAUAAAGCUGGUAUUAGUCACCAGUUCCACAUCACCUAGCGGCAGUAAUAUCCGCGAUGCGGAGGUGAGGACCGCCUUGCGGAGAUUACAUGCGCUCUACGCCGAUGCUAUUUGCAACCCCUUCCAUCUGCCGGGUGAUCAGAUUACGUCUGUGAAGUUUGACAAGCAGGUGAAGAGUUUGAUAUUGAAUAAUGUUUAAAGUUUCUCCCCUUCGAAUUGUAAAAAAUAUCUAUGUUAAUAUAUUAUAAUGUUAAGUAUAUAAGAAGACAUCAAUACCAUAAGAUUUUAAGUGAUAUAAGUGUUUAUUGUUAUAAGAAUUAUGUGAGUCUUAUGUUAGUCUCUCACACAGACUUUGCUAGUAAUAUAGUUAUUUAUAAUGGUUGAAGGAGAAAUAAAUGUCUUGGUAAACUCUCUUAAACUAAACUUUCUUCCACAUACAACAAAGUGUGGAAUGAGCUUCCUUGUGCGGUGUUUCCGGGACAAAAUGACAUGGGUGCCUUCUAAAAAAGCGCGUACACCACAGAGUACAUAAACACUACACAAAAGAGGAGUGGAACUAAGUAAAAUUUGAAUUUAGUUUAGUAUGAAACAUGCAGUGAUUUGAGAUAAGUUUGAAAUAGUACUUACAAUAUUAGGGCUACAAAGUAUAAUCCGGCUAAGUUUGAAAACAAACAAUUGCUUUAAAUGUAGUGGAUUUUGGCUAUCACCGUUUUUUACAAGAUUAUGUCAUCUGUCAAUACAGAUGACAGCUAUAAUUAUAUAAACGUGUCGUUACUGAACUGCAUGUGUCAUACAAUUGAAUUGCUUUUUUUCUUAAAAAGUUCCGCUAAGAUGGCGUACACAUACCAUAAAGUCCGGCAACACUAUUGUGAUUCCUCUAGUGUUGCAAGAGAAUGUGGAUGGUGGUGAUCACUUAACACCAGGCAACUCAUACACUAUUUUGUCCUCAUUUUCCAUAAGAAACUCCCAGUCCUUAUAUUAAAUACCUACUUUCUUCUAUAUUUACUUCUAAUGUCCAUCCAAUAUCUAAGAUAAUUUAGAAUGUAUGAAUCUACCAUUUUACCUAUAUAAAGGCUUAAGUGGCUGUCAGACUCAAAUGAGAGUUUUCAAACGAGUCAUGGAAAUGCCUCUUUAAGUACCAGCAGUAUUUAUAGGUAGUUUUAAAUAAAUUCACACCUAAAUUUGAAAUUCUUUAUUUGGCUACUAUGGCCCACUUGAAUGUCAUAAUAUUACAGUCAGAUAUAAUUUUAAUUAAUACAUAAAUAAAUAAAGAAGUAUAACAUCAUAAAUAAAAUUUAAAUAUGUCU